AUGCCGAGAUACACGGUGCACGUCCGAGGGGAAUGGCUGGCAGUGCCCUGCCUGGAUGGCACCAACACCGUCCGGUGGCUGGGGAAGGAAGCUGUCAGGAGGUACAUGAAGAACAAGCCUGACAACGGGGGGUUUGCCUCGGUGGAGGAAGUCAAGUUUUACAUCCGAAGGUGCAAGGGCCUUGGCUUGCUGGAUCUGGAUGACACCGUGGAGGAUGCUCUGGAGGACAAUGAAUUUGUCGAAGUUGUGAUAGAAGGAGAUAUAAUGUCUCCAGAUUUCAUACCAUCUCAGCCAGAAGGAGUCCAUUUAUACAGCAAAUACCGAGAACCAGAACAGUAUAUUUCUUUAGAUGGCAACAGCUUAACCACGGAGGACUUGGUCAAUUUAGGAAAGGGGCUCUACAAGAUAAAGCUCACACCUGAAGCAGAAGCUAAAGUCAACCAGUCAAGAGAAGUGAUUGAAAGAAUUGUAAAGGAGCAGACAGUUGUUUAUGGAAUCACCACUGGAUUUGGGAAGUUUGCCAGGACUGUCAUUCCAAACAGUAAGCUGAGGGAGCUUCAGGUGAACUUGGUCCGUUCACACUCUGCAGGUGUGGGGAAACCUCUGAGCCCAGAGAGGUCUCGCAUGCUGUUGGCCCUGAGGAUCAAUGUCCUAGCAAAAGGAUACAGUGGAAUAUCCCUAGAAACCCUCCAGCAAGUUAUUGAAGCAUUUAAUGCAUCCUGCCUGCCUUAUAUCCCAGAGAAAGGCACAGUUGGAGCCAGUGGAGACUUGGCUCCCCUCUCUCAUCUUGCUCUGGGAUUAAUUGGAGAGGGAAAGAUGUGGUCCCCGAAGAGUGGCUGGGCUGAUGCUAAAUAUGUGCUGGAAGCCCAUGGCCUGAGACCAAUUACCUUGAAGCCAAAAGAGGGUCUGGCUCUCAUCAAUGGGACACAGAUGAUCACAUCGCUGGGCUGCGAAGCGGUGGAAAGAGCAGGAGCUAUAGCUAGACAAGCUGACAUCAUUGCUGCCCUUACACUUGAGGUCUUGAAGGGUACCACAAGGGCCUUUGACACUGACAUCCACGCAGUGCGCCCGCACCGAGGGCAGGCUGAGGUGGCGUUUCGAUUCAGAUCCCUUCUGGAUUCCGACCACCACCCAUCAGAAAUAGCAGAGAGCCAUCGAUUCUGUGAUCGAGUUCAGGAUGCGUACACCAUGCGCUGCUGCCCUCAGGUCCAUGGAGUUGUAAAUGAUACAAUUGCCUUUGUGAAGGACAUCAUGACAACUGAAAUCAACAGUGCCACAGACAACCCUAUGGUGUUUGCUGAAAGAGCAGAGACUAUUUCUGGAGGGAAUUUUCAUGGUGAAUAUCCUGCCAAGGCUCUGGACUAUCUGGCCAUUGGUGUGCAUGAGCUGGCUGCAAUCAGUGAGAGAAGAAUUGAGAGGCUCUGCAACCCCUCUCUCAGUGAGCUGCCUGCAUUUUUAGUCACUGAAGGAGGUCUGAACUCUGGCUUCAUGAUUGCACACUGCACAGCAGCUGCCCUAGUUUCUGAGAACAAAGCCUUGUGCCACCCCUCCUCUGUGGAUUCACUCUCAACCAGUGCUGCUACAGAGGAUCAUGUGUCCAUGGGAGGAUGGGCUGCCAGGAAAGCUCUGAGAGUUAUUGAGCACGUGGAACAAGUUCUGGCUAUCGAGCUGCUCGCAGCCUGCCAGGGCAUUGAAUUCCUGCGCCCUCUGAGGACAACCACCCCCCUGGAGAAGGUCUAUGACCUUGUGCGCUCGGUGGUGAGGCCUUGGAUGAAGGAUCGCUUCAUGGCCCCGGACAUCGAAGCAGCUCACAGGCUGCUGGUGGAGCAGAAGGUGUGGGAAGUGGCUAAACCUUACAUUGAGAAGUACAGGAGGGAACAACACCCUGAAUCAAGACCCAUUUCACCAACAGCUUUCUCCUUCUCCCUGGGAUCACUGGACAUGAAUUCAAGUGGUCAUCACCACAGGCAUCAGGAUGACCUUUAA